GAAAUGCGACGAGUCUUCACGAAGGAAAUAACGUUUUUCGUAUUUCAUUCGGCUGCAGUUCUGAGGUCAAAACAAAUGGAUGUUUUGAAUGGAUCUUUAUAGAUCUUCGCAAAAAUAGCUUGGUCUUUUCCUGUCUAACCUGUUUAGGUUAAAUGAAACUAGGAAGACGAAUUACAAGAUAUUUGUUCUUCAUAAUUAUAAUUAUCAUAGCCAUUAGAAUGAACAAAAUUACAGCAUUGUCAAGCGUGAAGAUGCAGAAGAAUUCAUGUCCUAGAGAUUGGCCUGGAUUGCGAGUGCGUUUUUUAGCUUUUGAUUUUGACAGCACAUGUACUGUUGAAGACACGACCGGUCUGUACUAUAAGGCCACUGAAACAUACAGAAGAGCAUCUGAAGCCAAAUCAAAAGUACUAGACAAGGAAUGGGAAUCGCUGGGAAAUACAUACCUCAAAGGCCACAAAGAAACUAUCAAAAGGCUCCUUGAAAACGUUCCAUAUUCAGAAAAUGGGAAUCUAAGUAUGGAGGGUUUGAAAUCUUUUCUCAUGGAAACUCACAACUUUGAUUCCGAAUGUACUAAAAAGGUCGAAGCCAGUGGACUUCUUUCUGGAAUUUCAAAGGAAGGAAUUAUACAAAUUGCCAAAAACGUCCAGCUUAGCCCUGGUUGUGUCCAGGUACUUGGACAAGUAAACCUGCCAUUGAAUGUAAUAUCGUUCAACUGGUCUAAAGACCUAAUCCAGAUUGUUCUUGGGCAGUUAAAACAUCUGAGGAUAGCUGGGAAUAAUUUUCCUACAGAGGAUAAUAAAUCAACAGGUCAAAUCGAUAGUCAUGUGUCAACGUCCUUUGACAAAGAGGCUGAAUUUAUGAGGCUCGUUGAAGGGCAAAAAGAGAUUGAGGGUCUAUCGGUGUUUAUUGGAGACUCAAUUGGAGAUUUGCUUCCUCUUCUUAAAGCAGAUGUAGGAAUAGUCAUUGGGAAUUCAAACACUAUGAGAAAAGUAGCCAAGGCUUUUGGGAUAAAAUUACUUCCCCUUUUAGACUUGUACAAUCGUUAUGGAAGGUGUAAUUCAGUGCAAUAUGAUUCAAGUAUUGUUAUUCCAAGUACAACUGACAAUAAUGGCAUAUUAUAUGAAGCUACAAGUUGGUAUGAAAUUGGGGAACUUUUGCUCGGAAACAGACUACUUCCAGUUACUGAUUAAUAUAUAGAAAUUAUCGAAAGGGUGCAUACUGAUUUAUAAUAUAUGCAAAGAAUGAUUGUAGUGUGUGACUGCACAGGUUUUAAAGUUUUCUGCUGUCGGUGCUGUCUGUUAAAAAACCUCCCUUCGAAUUGCCCUAUUUCACUAUGACGUCAUUGCUUGUUUAUGUGGGGGAUAGAAUCGCCAAAUCCAAUAGAAAAUUCAACAAAAUUUGCUCCUAGCAAAACAGUUUAAUCUAA